UAGCUAUUUGAAGAUGCCAUUAAUCUUUGUUCCCAACGGCCUGGUUAUCUAUGUGUCCUGGGCUUUCUGAGACUGGUUCUCAAAAGGGUCAGGGCUUCAAUAAGCAUAGUUAAUGAAAGUGAGUAACUGGGAAAAUGGGAUCAAGCCUCCUUUUUUUUUUUUUUUUUUUUUUUGGCCUUUUUUGUAAUCCUGGAUAAGGUGGAGGUCAAAGCAGCCCCUGCAGAGCUAAUGGCAUCUAAGAGGUCACUGCAGAUUAUGCCAGCCUCAAUGAUUCCCUGUGUAGGGUCAUACCAACAGGACUGUGACCCUUUCUGCCACAUUCUGACUCCCUUCCACAGCAAUAUGCCCUUUUCUCAAAGGGUGCUCCAAUGGCUGAUGAAAAGCUGAUGCCCAGGUAUAACUGCAAUGUCAGUGAAGUUACCAUUGUGAACCUGCAGCCCAACAAGAAUCCUACACUUAUCCUGCCAAAAGAGAAGCCAGGAAGUGAACACAGAAACCUUGGUAUCCAUCCUCCUUCACCCAGGAUGUCAGAGAAGAAGAUAGCACAGGGAGAGAAAAAAAUGUGGUCAGAAAAGAUAAAAAGAGAGGGGUCUUUGUCUCCCAGCCUGCACCGUGCAAAUGAAUCAUAUAGCACAGAGAAUGUUGCCCUGAAGAGGCCAGUGAAGUUGGCUCCUCUUGAGAUCCCUGUGGAAGUGAAAGAAGCCCAGCUCCAAAAGAUUAUGAGCAUCCAGAGAGAGGCCCAAAUGGCUGCUCAGAAGCUGACAGCUAUUAGCUCCAUCAACAAUGAACCCCAUGUAAAAAGAGUGAAGAAUCUGGCCCAGGGGGAGCUGGAAAACCUUCAUAAGAUAAAGCUGAGUGAGAAGGCAGCUAUGGAAAAUAAAGAUGAUCCCCUUUCCUAUAAAAGCAACAAGCCCUUGGGAGAAAUUCAAGUUAUUUUACCUCCAGAGACAGGCUCAAAAUUGACUAAGCAACCAGGUGUUGAAGAGGCUCCCAGGACACUUCGUAAACCAUCAAUUCCCACUGUCCAAGUGGAUGUACAUGAAGAGUCUGACAGCCCUGAUCCUUACCAGAACAACUGUCGACGCCGAUUCAGAGUAAGGCAAAUGAAAGAGCAGCAGGAAGACCAGGGGAAAGCCAAACCCUUAAAAGUCACAGAUUCAAGUAUGGGAGAAGGGAAGAAGAAAUCUGCAGGUCAGCGAACACAAAAAACCCUCAGUGAUGCAAGCAAGCUCAUUGAGAAUGUGGCCAAAAAGCAGAAGGAAAGAGGAGCACAGCAAGAGGAAACAGAUGAAGCUUCUUUUGUAAAGAGACAGUCUACUCGAAGGAUGGCCUUAGGAGACAUCAUCCAGGUGGAUGAAGACUGAAUAUCAUGCUCCAGGUCAUGCACAGGAGAUUUAGACACAACAGCUAUUCAGUAGAGUGCUCUGGAUUGACUUGAUAGGUAGAAGUCUUCAGAAGAGUAUCUACAGACAUUAGUAAAGCACAAUGUGAAUAGA